AUGGGCCCCCCCCCCGCCGCCCUGGCCCUGCUGCUUCUCGCUUCCCUCCCCUCCGUCGUUCCGCUGCCCUUGCCCGACGCCGGUCCUCACGUUAACUACGGCUGGGGGGAACCGAUCCGGUUGCGGCACCUCUACACCGCCAGCAAGCACGGGCUCUUCAGCUGCUUCCUAAGGAUCGGUGGGGACGGCCGGGUGGACGCUGCCGGGAGUCAGAGCCCGCAGAGUCUGCUGGAGAUCCGCGCCGUGGCCGUGCGCACCGUGGCCAUCAAGGGGGUGCGGAGCUCUCGGUACCUCUGCAUGGACGAGGCGGGACGGCUUCACGGGCAGCUCAGGUAUUCCACUGAGGAUUGUUCCUUUGAAGAGGAGAUUCGUCCAGAUGGCUACAAUGUCUACAAAUCCAAAAAAUACGGAAUUUCCGUGUCCCUGAGCAGCGCCAAGCAACGACAGCAGUUCAAAGGAAAAGAUUUUCUCCCACUAUCUCACUUCUUACCCAUGAUCAACACUGUGCCCGUGGAGUCAACAGACUUUGGGGAAUAUGGGGAUUACAGCCAGGCCUUUGAACCAGAGGUGUAUUCCUCACCUCUGGAAACGGACAGCAUGGAUCCCUUUGGCAUCACCUCCAAACUCUCACCAGUGAAGAGCCCCAGCUUUCAGAAAUGACUCUGAUCACACACACAGGUUUUUAAGGAAAUAUUGCAGAAUACUUGAGGGGUUUCUAGCUACUCAUGUUGUGAUAUUUCAAGCUUUUUUUGUGUAUUUCAGCCAGCCUUUUCCUUGCCAGGUGUUGUGCCUGUAAGGGAUGAGUGCCCAGAGGCUAUUCUAUAGUCUAAAGAAUUGCCUAUCCAUAGUUUUAUUUGGAGAAGGAUUAAAUAAGGAAAGCUAAGCAGCUUCCCCAGAGUUCCUCCAUUAUCAGGGUGAUGAGGAAAUAAUACUCAUUUUUCUGUCUCAACUUCAUUACCACCUAUGCUCACCUGUUAUUUUUGCUUAUGGGAGUAAAAGCAGGGAACCUUUUUCCCAGUCACAGGGAGGUUAAGGAUCUCUUGGCUUCAGAGGCCUUAAAUACAAACAUUUGUGACACAACACACUCAAGGAAAACCAAGCAAAUGUCAUUCCAUG